AUGUCUGAAAGCGAUAUUUUAAAAGAAACAGAAAGAGCUGUGAGUGUAAAUGAAGCUGAGGAGGAUGAUGAGGGAAACUAUGAGAUUUCUCUGAGUAUAUUUGUUCAACGAGCUAAAAUUGGACUGAGUUACUAUGACAGUAGCGAUUAUACGCUGCAUUACAUGCUGGACACGAUGGACAAUGACCUCCACCUGCUGGAUAGAGUCAUUCAAGAGCUGAGUCCAAAUGUCAUAAUAACAAGUGCCAAACAAGAGCACAGCUUGACCAAGUUUAUCGAAACGCUUGAAUUAAACCAUGAGUAUAAGCCUGAAAUCGUCAUGUUUCCAGAUUCAAACUUUGGUCUGGAGGUCAGCAAACAGCGACUUCUCUCCGCACACCUCCGCUUUCUCCCUCCCACCAUCACAGAGAGCGAGAAGAUCCCGUAUCUCUCCUCCUGCAUCCCACUAGACUCAGUGCUGAUGGUGAGGUCAAUAGGAGGACUGUUGAAGUGUCUGGAGAGGAGAAGAGUCAGCUUAGACCUGGAGGACUGCUUAGGCGUCCCCAUAUUUCAGUUUCUGACGUACACGCUGAAGGAUGUUGUGUACAUCGACAGAGACACAUACAGCGCACUACAGAUCUUUAAAUCUGAGCUGCAUCCUUCCGUCUUUAAACUCCAGUCAGGAGAGAAAGAGGGAUUGAGUCUUUAUGGUAUUCUGAAUCGCUGUCGGAGCAAGUUUGGAUCGCUGCUUUUACGGCAGUGGUUCCACAGACCAACUCGAGAUCUGAACAUCCUGAAUAGACGGCAGGAAGUGGUCCGUUUCUUCACAUCCCCUCGUAACUUUGCUGAUCUUUGCACUUUACAGAGUUGCCUGCGGAAUAUUAAGAACAUCGUGACAUUGCUGCAUAAAAUGUCUCUCUCUACUCCGAAGGUCGCAGUCUGGCAAAGUCUAUAUAAGACGGUGUACAGUGCAUUGUGCAUUAGGGACACCAUUCGCUCCAUGCCCCAAUCCAUCCAACUUUUCAGUGAAAUCAGUGAGAACUUCACCGAUGAUCUUUUCUACAUCGCCACAUACAUCAGUAAAGUGGUGGACUUUGAAGGAAGUUUAGCCGAGAACCGAUUCACUGUUAGGCCGGAUGUCGACCCUGUUAUCGACGAGAAGAAAAGAAGGAUGAUGGGUCUGCCAAAUUUCCUGACAGACGUGGCUCGUACAGAGCUGGAAAACCUGGACCCUCGUUUCUCCACCUGCAGUAUAAUCUACAUCCCUCUGAUUGGAUUUUUACUGUCAGUGCCAAAAUUACCCAGCAUGAUGGAUAAACAGAGUUUCGAGAUGGAGGGUCUUGAUUUCAUCUUUCUAGCAAAAGACCAACUGCAUUACCGCAGCACUCGAACCAAAGAGCUGGACAGCAUGCUGGGAGACCUGCAUUGUGACAUCCUAGAUAUGGAGAUGGCGGUAAUGAGGAAGCUUCAGGCCUCAGUGCUUCAGCAUAGCGGCUGUUUGCAUAAGGUCAUGUCCCUGUGUGCAGAGCUGGACUGUCUCAUUUCUCUGGCUCAGGCCUCUCGGGAUCAAGGCUACUGCUGUCCAACCCUGACUCCAAGCCAAAGACUGGCCCUGAUUGAGUCACGACAUCCUUUGCUGGAGCUGUGUACCCCAGUAUUUGUGUCAAACAACUACAUCAGCUCUGAAACUGAAGGCAAAGUGAAAGUCAUUACAGGACCAAACUCAUCCGGCAAGAGCAUCUAUCUAAAACAGGUGGGUCUGGUUGUGUUCAUGGCUCUGAUCGGCUCAGAUGUUCCCGCUAAAGAGGCAGAGAUCGGGCUUGUGGACGGAAUCUUCAGCCGCAUACACAGCCGUGAGUCUGUAUCAGUGGGUCUGAGCACCUUCAUGAUAGACCUGAACCAGAUGGCUCAUUCUUUGAACCACAGCACUGCAAAUUCUCUUGUCCUGGUGGAUGAAUUUGGCAAAGGAACCAACACGGUGGAUGGAUUGUCUCUCCUGACCGCAUGUCUCAAUCUCUGGUUGCGUGGGCCUCAGUGUCCUCACGUACUUAUGUCGACAUGCUUUCACAGCCUUAUUCAGCUUGGCUUGAUCUCUGAUUCCCCACUGCUGGCUUUACAGACUCUAGAGACAGCUAUAGAGGGCGAAGAGCUGGUAUUUUUGUACCAAGUAAAAAAUGGCAUCUGCCAGUCGAGUUGUGCGGCUAAUAUCGCCACUCUGGCCGGCAUUCCCACUGACCUGGUCAAGAGGGCAGUGGAGGUAUCAGAGUUAUAUAGAGCGGGACGAACCAUCAGAAAGAUGGACCGGCCAACUACAGAUGAACAGAACAGCAGGUGUGCAGAAGUGGUGGAGAAAUUCCUCCACAUUGAUCUGGAUGACCCUGAGGUGGAUCUAUAUUCUUAUUUGAAAGACGAAGUGCGCCCAGCUGUUGAAGAGGUGCUGUGACAACAUGGAAACUUAACUAAUGGGACUGUGGGCUCGCUUUGUGGAGAAAUGUGCUCUUCGUUUUAUUCCAAGGUUUAAACGGCUCCCAUUCCCGAACACACAAGUUUAAAGCUGAUGGUUUGAAUUAUAUCAUAUUUGUUCCUGUGUUCCAAAUUGGAAUUGUUGUAAAAUAUUUAAAUGACAUUAAAUCGGAACACUGUAGAUUUAAACAGCAAUAAAUGGCUGUG